GGCAACGUGGCCACCGGAGGAAGUUUCCUGAAGUUGUCCAUUUAUUCCUGAGCUCGGCCGGCGAUCCGGCCGGAUCGCAGAGGCCGCCCUGCUUGGGAGAAGUCGGAGUUGAGGUGCUAAGGCAGAGAGGCGCCCUAGUCCGAGAGGGCGGCUUGGCCUCUUUCUCCCUGCUCGCCCCUCGCCUUCCGGGCGCGCUGCCGGACUCGGACUAGUACAGAAGAGGAGGAAGGGUUGGGGUGGCCAGCGCUGCCCCUCUCGGGCAUAUUACGCCUGGGGCACAGAGCCGCGUAGACUGACUGUCUCCCGGGACGAAGUCACGGGGUACCGGACCCCACCAGGAUUAUAAAACAGGGCGGAGGGAAGGGAGACCCCGAGGACCCCCCUCCAGGCUGGUCACCAUGUGGGGGUUUUUGAUCUGGACGCUGCUGACUCUGCAUCAGAUCCGCGCGGCCAGAGCCCAAGAUGACGUGUCCCCGUAUUUCAAGACGGAGCCUGUACGGACACAGGUGCACCUGGAAGGAAACCGCCUGGUGCUUACAUGCAUGGCCGAGGGCAGCUGGCCGCUGGAGUUCAAGUGGCUGCACAACAACAGGGAGCUGACCAAGUUCUCCCUGGAAUACAGAUACAUGAUCACCAGCCUGGACCGCACCCACGCUGGCUUCUACCGUUGCAUCGUGCGGAACCGAAUGGGCGCCCUGCUGCAGCGGCAAACUGAGGUCCAGGUGGCCUUGGGAUUCCUGCCCUGUUUCGGCAGCCCCCUCAAAGCCCCAGAGCUCCAGGUGCCCCCAGACAUAGUUAAGACCGUGGAUGUCACUGAAUUCCACCAGGGCCAUGCUGUGCUGCCAAGCUGUGCACAUCUGCAGCUCCCUGAAACCAGCAUUGGGAAGCUGCCCCUGCUACUGCACACGGCUUUGCAGGUGUGA